CAUGUUUGGUGCCCCCUCCUCCACAGUCCGCCUUGUUUCCUCUCACCUCCGCCGUUUCUCCCUCAGUGCUCGGACGUUGCGUUAAGGUGCAGAGCCGAGUCCCGCUCUUUGGGGUAUUUUUCGAGGAAAGUCAGACGACGUUGACACCGUCAAGUGACAGCGGAGACGACAGUCAUUUUCGCCGCCUGUGCGCACUUGUCUCCAAACGACAGUAAAAAAAUGGAUCCAAUGACUCAGUCAUCGCAGAUAACGUCGUCGCAAGGGUUAGCCGAUGGGCAAAACUCUGCUGCCAAAGAAUCAAAGCUUAACGAUUCCUUUCUUUCCUCUUCGCCUGUAUCUCUCAUUCAGUCUCCUCAAGACAAAAGAGUCGUCCUGGGCUCCGAAAAGCCCUGUGAAGGUGUUGCAACAUCCCUUCGCUUUCCCUCUCAACCUGGCACAUUCACACCUGCUCAUUACGGGAGUGAAGCAGGGUCACCAGAUGGACAGCCUGAUUCACCGAUAAAGACCUCUCCUGUUUCAGAGCGAAUAAAAGCACUGGAAGCUCUUGCAGCCAAAAAGAAGGAACCUGAAUUUAGAAGCGAUGGAGGUUACUCUCACUUCAGAGAUCGCCAUUAUGACAAAUCCCCCACUGAGACUCCAAAAUCUCCCAUUGAAAAGACUUUGUCAGGUAUCUCAAAAAAAGAAGGCACUGCUGAUCAGGAGUCACCUGAAUCCCCCUUUGAAGUACUUGGAGAUUUAAGACAAGUGAAUGAAUUUGAAGAGACAGAGGAGUGGAUGAAGGCUCAUUUACCGCCCAUGCCAGACUUUGAUGCCGUAGAUUUAAUGAAAGGCACUCUGGUUACAGAAAGUGUUACAACAAAGGAGGAAAAGGUGAUUCAUGUGGUAAUACCUGCUGCUCCUGCUGCCUUUGCUGGUGUCCCUGAUGCCUUCAUGGAUUCUCCUAUCAAAUCUUUGGAAGUGAAGGAUGGCUUGAGUGAUGGACAGAAACAGCCAAGUUUUGAGGAGGAGUCUGAGUUUGACCUUGAUUUUUUGCCAACAGCGUAUGUGUGGGAUCAGCAAGAAAAAACAGGUGUCCAGGCUCGAACAAAUGUUGAUUCAGAAGUUUCAACUUCAACUGCACCUCCUGCAAACUCUGGGUCGUCCCCACUUCCUGUCUCCCCGAAAAGUGACAUGAGUGUUAAAGAGAAAAUAUCAGAUGACAAGACGACUAUUUGGACUGGUGAUAUAGAGCCACCAGAGGCAAGUGAAGCAGACAGCUCAGGAGAGUCAGAAGACACUGUAAUUGAAGAUGGUGUCAUUGCUCCGGCAUCAGAACCCCUUUCGUCUUCUGAUAUAGCAUUUUCAAAUGAUCCUACCCCUGCCCCUGCUGUUGCAGCUCCUGAUUUCCCCAAUGAAGAAAAGGUGGUACCUCCACCAAAGUCGGAGAGGAAGCUAAUGCAAGUUCCAACCAUCAAUGUUAUUGAGACAGAUGAGCCAAAUUACAGUGAAGAGGAAAUGGAGCUUGAAGCAGAGAUAGAUGAGGAUUAUGAAGUUGUGACAGACUCUGCCAGAGAGGCAACCAAAACCCCAGAACCAGAGGAUGGUGGACAUGAACAACCCAAGACACGUCCCUUAGAAACUGAAUUCAUGGAAGGCUACUCUCCCCCAUCCUCACCUGUAGACUCUGAUGUUGAAUACUCUCCCAAGCGCAACAUAGUCAAAUCUCCUCCAGAAAUGUACCACGAGGAAUCUAUGCCUGAGCUUGAGGCCUCACCACAGCCAACUGUUCCAAAGGAAUCAGCAUUUGAAAUUUCUCACGAUCAAUCCAAGAAGUCAGAAAUGACUUCCAACAAUGUUAAUGAUGAACCUUCGACUAUCAAACUCCCAAAUGAAGAAGUGGACUUCCCAGACGAUGAUGACGAAUGGUCAGAUGAAGCACAAUGUAUGCUGGUAACCUCUUACAGGACUGACAGUGUGCCCAACAAACCAGUUCCUUGCACCGAGUCCAAAAUGGAUUGGAGUAGUGACAUAGCUGUGAAAGAGACUUAUGUGGAGUCAGUUUCUCUUUCCAAAACCAGCUUUAUUCAAGAUGAUAUAUAUGACAGACAGUCAUUUGAUUAUGAUUAUGAUGCAUCUUCUCCGCUGGAUGAGCAGUUUGUUUCUGAUUCCUUUGAAAUCCAAAGUGAAACACUGAAUUCAAGCUCUUUAAAAAAUGAUGUUCCAGAGGACAAUCAAGAUGGUGAAAAUCUGGACAAAUUCACAUCACUAAAUGAUUGUCAAGGACUAAGCAGCAUGAUUGAACAAGAUUUCAAAAUGUGGAUGACCACUGACGUUUCGGACAACAUUGCAGAUGGGGCACAGAAAAUUGAUUCCAAGAUCCAGGAGGAAACAAAAGCAGCUGUCCUUGCACUUGACAAAACAAAGGACCCAGAGAGCACUAACCCCGAAAUGGCAGAUAUUGAGGCUGCAGACAGCUUUGUAGAAUUCAUGCGAGAGUGCCUGAAAUCUAGACAGGAUGAAGAACCAGACAGCCAGCACCAAGGUGUUUUCUCGGAGUCCAAGCUUUGUGAAAUUGGUCAGCCAAUUCACCAGUCCCCUCCAACCAUGUUUAUGGAUUUUGAACAAGAACAACUCACUAUCAGUGCUCUCAAAGAGCUUGGCAGCAGUCAAGAGGAUGACGAGGUACCAUCUCUCCAAUCUAAGAUUCCUGACCAGAACGAUGCUAACCCCAGUGCUACAUCAAUAGAGCGGUCUACCUUCACAUCAGUUUCUACCCCUCCAUGUCCCCAAAGUGACCGUGCAUCCGACAGCAUGUAUUCCAAAGAGAUGGAAGCCAUUGAUGUAUGGGUAGCUGAAGCCUAUCAUCUUGCUGAGCAUGUCUUGACAGCAAUACUAACCCACUUAUCAGUGAAGGACCUGAUCCACUGGCGAGACCCCAAGAAGUCGGGCGUGGUGUUCGGUCUGUCCAUGCUGAUGCUGCUGUCGCUGGCAGCCUUCAGCGUCAUCAGCGUGGUCUCCUACCUGCUGCUCGCCCUGCUCUGCGUCACCAUCACCUUCCGCAUCUACAAGUCUGUGGUCCAGGCCGUGCAGAAGUCUAGCGAUGGACACCCCUUCAAAACGCUGAUAGAUAAGGAUGUCAGCAUCCCCCCCGAGACUUUCCGCAAGCACGUGGACACCAGUCUGACCUACAUCAACCGAGCCCUAAAGCAGAUGAGCCGCCUCUUUCUGGUCGAGGACCUCGUGGACUCCCUAAAGCUGGCUGUGGUCAUGUGGCUGUUGACCUACGUAGGAGCUGUUUUCAAUGGAAUCACCAUUCUCAUCCUGGCUGACAUCCUGCUCUUCGCGGUGCCACCAGUCUAUGAGAAGAACAAGACUCAGAUCGAUCAUUACAUCGACGUGGCACGUACUCAAGUCAACACCACGAUGGCCAAGUUGCAAGAGAAACUUCCCGGAGCGGUGAAGCGCAGCAAAACUGAAUGAUCGCCCUCCAUAAGAAAAAAAAACCUUCACAUCACCAUCACCACCAUCAUCCUCAUCUCCAUCACCACCUAAAACCGCACCCCCCUCCUUUCUCCAGUUAACCCCGCCCCCGCCAGUCUAACUGCUCCUCCCACCUCCAUCCACCAUCACCCCUACAACACUGAACCUUGCUAGGUAGAAAAACCUCUGAGCUACUCAAUAUUUAAUGUACAACUACUGCGCAGCUUAACUUGCAAAAGCAUUUAGAGAAGAACUGUGCCUGUUCAGACAGGAAGCGCAAAACACUAGCGAGGAAGUGACGCAAGCGGACCCCACCCCCUCUCUCUGUGGGCGGGAGAAAACGGAGGCAGGGUCGAGUGAACUAGACUGAAUCUAUGACCUGGUUUCUCCGCGUGUACAGCGAUGCAGGCGGGCGCUUGUUUUGCGUGUCUGUGCGUGGCUGUAUACGACGCCAAAAUGCAAAAAUGUCUGUACGAUUUAAAAAAAAAAACAAAAAAAACAAACACAUUUUUCCUCUCCCAGCUGCGAAAAACACUUAGAAAAACUGAAAUGUAUUAAAAAAAAUUAAAAAAAGGAACGAAAUGAAAUAAAAGCAACCUUUUGGGACUUACUGUGGAUAGUCGUCGACCUGUUGUGUGGAUAAAUAUGAGUUAAUCUUUUAGGAAGUUGGUUUUGUGUAAAAACGACAGGCCUGUUUAAUGAGUUUUCUCCUGCGUUCACCUCACAGGCACUUGUGUUUGUACGUCUCUGCACUGCACUGAACUUUAAGUUUGUUGUUUUUGUUUUUGGAAACCCAUCAGCAGGGUGAAAUAAAAAGGUUUGGAAGACGGAGCCAGCUGUGAUAAUUUGGUCUAGUUCACUGUCUCGCUCAGUUUUCUGUGUGUGUAUAUUCAUAUUCUAUACAUUCUAUAUUUACUCCUGAUUGUGAAGACCGCUGCAGCCUCUCUGCUGCUGUGCGGAAAAACACGGUAGCCUCGCUUUUUAUACGAAAGGACAGUUCCCUCUCGGCAGUCCUCCCAAACGCCUGCUCGUCACGAAGUGUUGACUUCUCUCGUUCACAUGUACAUUUUGACUCUGCUUGUAUUAUUAUUGAUAUUAUUAUUAUUAUUAUUGGUAUUGACUAGAAUGGCUGCUUUGACUCCCCGCUAGCUUCGGUGACGGCAGCAGCGUAAAGAGUGAACUCCUGUAGGUUUGGUAGUCACGGUAACGCAGUCCGACGUGUUUUUAUCGCACCCGUGAAUCGUAAAAUCUUUCCCAGCUCUACUCGUGUACGGAGUCCCAAGUGGGCCAAAACUCUCAACUCAUUUUUUAUGUUUUAAGACUAUAGAAAAGCUCUAUUUUUGGUCAAAAUGUAUGGUUGGUUAGCAAUCACCUCAUGUAGGUGUUGGAGUGGGCGGGGCACAACGAAGACCACCUCUUUUUGUGGCAUCUGAUUGGAUAAAAGUUGUUCUAGUUAAUCUGUCGUAUUAAAAAGAACUUGAUAAUGUGUUAUUUUGGAAUGACAAAUUUGCAAUGUUUAUCAGGGGCCAAUCACAGCGCCUGUUGCUGCCAUGGGGCGGGGUCUUUGUUUGGGGAUUUUCUUUUUAGACUAUGAAUCAUUAGCAUUCCUCUCCUGCGCCCUUACGCAACCUCAUGAAGGUGCUUGGUGAGUGGGCGGGGCGUUAAGAGCACCGCCUCUUUUUGUGGCAACUGAUUGGUUAAAGAUUUACCGUCAUAGUUAAUUUGGUGAUUAUUAAUGUGUCUUUAAAAUUCAGAUAAAGGCUUUUUGAAUGAUGAAUUUGCCAUGAACUACAAAAAAUGAUUUAAAUUGUUUUGGCUCACUUUACGGGAGUUACGGGUCGCCGUGACGACACAGACGGGCAUCGCGUCGCUGGGAAACGUGUAUUGAAGUGUUUUUUUUUCUUCUCCAGCUCUGCUUGUCGUCACUUCUCUUCGGUUUUGUCUCCGCCUCUCAUGAAGAGCACGUCGUAGUCGUUUAAGC